AUGAGACUUACGCGCUGCCAACUGCGCCACCGAGGCCUUGGAUAUCUCCGGAUUCCAGCCAGUGGCGCCGCGGGGGCCCGCUGCACAUUGUGGUGGUGGACAGUGGUUGUGAUCGGUGGUCUCCUGGUCUCCCUACCCAUAUCCACUGUUCCGCCGACGACAAAGCUCCUCUUCCUGCAGCCGGCCUUCGUUUCAGCCGCAGCCCUCGCGGUGCCGCCAAUGCCGAGAUCGGUGAGUCAUACCGCCAGGAUCUUGCAGCGGGAACCGGAUCAGGAUAAUAUAGCCUACCUAUGGGCGACGGCAACGUUCAGUGAAAAGUUAAAUAAGCAAAUAACACGCAGCAGCAGCAGCAGUGGUAAUUGUGUGAAAUGCCAGAAAAGCGAUACGAUAAUAAAUUCAAUAUCGAGUGCAACUGGAAAAGGAGGCGAAAGUGAGAGCAGUGUAGCAGGUGCUGGUGCCACGAGUGUAAAUAGUAGUAGUGCAAUUUUGUGCAGUGUAAAUAGUGCAAAUAAUACGCGUAAGUUAAAUUUAAUUCCGAGCAGGGAGCAGUCGCAGCCGAUGCGGCAGCCUCUCGCUGUUGGCACAAAUUUGCAAAAUAAAUUACCAGCAUCGAGUGCGGAUUGCCACUUAAGUCCAAGUGCCGAGACAAAUAUUCAUACAAACCGGCGAUCCCUUUGCCAUCGCCAUAGCCAUCGCUCCUCCUGUCCAUAUCAUCGUCAUCGUCAUUAUUGUCAUCAUCAUCAUCGUCGUUGUUGGCCGCGUUGUUGUUUUCGUUGUCGUUGUCGCGUCGCGUCGCAGUCUUCAUCCGCAGCGCCCGCGUCUAUGCAUUUGCCAUAUCAAAUUAAUCAACGUGCUACAUUGUUGCAGCAAUCUGCAGCAGCAGCAGCAACACAAGCAGCACUGAAACCAGCAACAUCAACUACAUUGCCACAUGUGCAUCGUAUUUUUAAACGCAAACGUGAUACAGCCCAAACAGCGACCACUGCAUCACCUUUGACCCCGCCGCAGCAUCCAACAUCAACAACAAGCACGCCAAGAUCGCGACUGGAGUUCAUACUUUACACGGAAGUUUAUGAAGUAGAGGAUUCGGUUUCCCCAGGCGACUCCAACUACGAUUCCCACUCCCCUUUCGAUUCGAAAACCAAGUCGAGUGUGGGCAGCGAGGAAACCUUCUGGCAGAAAUACGCGGACGUCUGCGUUUGCAUCGCGUUUCCGUCUUCGUUUCAUUUCGUUUCCCAUUGCAAUGGCAUCAUGAUGAGCAUGAGCGAUGGUGAUAAUGAUGAUGCUGAUGCUGGUUACGGAGCCUGGGGAGACCUGAGACCCUAG